AUGUCGAUGGAUCUGGAUGCCCCCGUCUAUAUGACGGGCAUGCAGCAGGACGAGCCCAUCAUUGCGACUAUUUUGUGCUGUAAUUGUGGUGCUCCCAUCGAUGGAACCACCUCCGCUGGAGCACUUUGCCACGACUGCGUGAGGCUCACCAUCGACGUUUCUCAAGGCAUUCAGCGCGAAGCCACCCUCCACAUGUGCAGAGACUGCGAGCGAUGGCUGCAGCCCCCCAACAGCUGGGUCGUUGCCAACCUCGAAUCGAAGGAGCUCCUCGCUAUUUGUCUGCGCAAGCUCACCGGCCUCAACAAAGUCCGCAUUAUCGACGCCAGUUUUAUCUGGACCGAACCCCACUCUCGCCGUGUCAAGGUCAAGAUCACAAUCCAACAGGAAGCCUUUGAGGGUACCAUCGUCCAGCAAACAUUUGAAGUGGUCUUUGUCGUGGCCAAUCAGCAAUGCACGGACUGCCAGACCAGCUUCACGCACCACGCGUUUAGAGCUACUAUUCAGCUCCGGCAGAAAGUACCGCACAAGAGGACAUUCCUGUACCUCGAGCAACUCAUCCUGAAAAAUGGCGCGCACAAGGAUACACUCAACAUCAAAGAAGUCAAGGAUGGUCUCGACUUUUACUAUGCCCACCGGAACCAGGCCGAGAAGAUGCUGGACUUCUUGUGCAGUGUUGCUCCCUGUCGAUACACCAAGAGUAGCACGUUGAUCUCGCAAGAUACACACUCAGGGACAAAGUCGUACAAGUUCAGCUUUUCCGUCGAGUUGGUCCCUAUUGUAAAAGAUGAUCUCGUGGCCCUUCCCAUCAAGCUAGCCCGCCAGAUAGGCAAUAUCUCGCCCCUGGCCAUUUGCCACCGUGUCGGCACAGCUGUCAACGUUAUGGACCCUCAGACCCUCCAAACGGCCGAGGUCCCCACCGGUACAUACUGGCGCUCGCCGUUUAGGUCUCUGGCGGACGUGACCGAGCUAAAGGAGUUCAUCGUCAUGGACAUUGAGCCCGUUGGCAAGUCCAACGGCCGGUACCAUCUGGCUGAAGCUACUGUUGCUCGUGCCUCUGACCUUGGCUCUAACGACAAGACAUACUUCACACGCACCCACCUCGGCGCUAUCCUGCACGUCGGUGACUCCGUUCUCGGCUACCACCUGACAGACACCAACUUCAACGACCCCAACUUUGAUGCCAUUGAAUCCAGCAAUCAGUACAGAGACGCGAUUCCAGACGUGGUCUUGAUUAAGAAACACUAUGCGCGCAAGAAGAAGCCGAAGAACCGUGCCUGGCGCCUUCGCCGUAUGGCCCGCGAGCACGAGGAAGAGGCUCUGGCUGCCGGCUCCGGUGCUGCUCAAAGCCGGAAGCAGGAGCAGGAGCAGGAGCGCCUCGAAGCCGACUUUGAGAUGUUCUUGCGCGAUGUCGAGGAGGAUCAGGAACUGCGGAGCACGCUGGAUCUGUACAAGAACCGGAAUAAGGUGCAGCAGCCCGUUGGUGAUGAGAUGAUGGACGAGGAUAGCGACAGUGACGAUGAGGUGCCGAAAAUCAACAUGGACGAGCUGCUUGAUGACUUUGAUGAGUUGAACAUGAACGACCAAUGA